CCGCCUUUGGAAACAGACGGCUCCGCCAUCCAAUCCGGAUGCCCUUGUCCACCCAGUGGGCGUCGCCGAGCUCCGCCCCUUAGCAACGGGGCCGCGGCCUUCUCGCCCCACCCUCCAACCGCUCCCUCGGGGGCCAUGCGGAGAUUUGUGGCGGAAGUCACAAAAGCAGCUGUGACGGGGGGGCGGGCCUCAGGCAGGGGUUGGCCAAUCACCGCGUCCCGUCCCUUGCCAAAGAGCCUCGGUCGAGAGCCUCGGGAGCAGUCCAGAUGGGGGUGGCGAGGAGGAGGCAGGCAGGGCGCCAGCGGGGCCGGUCGUGGUUAGAAAGAAACUGUAGAAAGUCGGACGCUUGGGAAGUAUAGUACAGUUCCACCUGGUGUUUUGGGCCUACACGUUAUGAACACAUUCUGGAGCAUGUCUGCAAGUUCUACACGCAAGAAACCGGAAACGGAAGAAAAGGAUCCACUUGGCGAGCUGAAGACCAGCCCUCCGCGCUCCGCUCCCAAGAAACAGCUGCCUUCCGUUCCCAAAAAUGUCAUGCCGAUGACCAAGCCUGCAUCUCCUGCCCUGUCAGCCCAGUCUACAAACGGAACACAUGCCUCCUAUGGACCUUUCUAUUUGGAAUAUUCCCUGCUGGCAGAAUAUACUCUGGUUGUGAAGCAGAAACUGCCGGGAGUCUAUGUACAGCCUUCUUAUCAGUCUGCAUUAAUGUGGUUUGGAGUCAUAUUCAUAAGACACGGGCUAUAUCAGGACGGCGUGUUUAAGUUUACAAUCUACAUCCCUGACAAUUAUCCCGAUGGGGACUGCCCACGCUUGAUUUUUGAUCUGCCCAUUUUCCACCCGCUCGUGGAUCCUGUCUCAGGGGAACUGGACGUGAAAAGAGCAUUUGCCAAAUGGAGGCGCAAUCACAACCACAUAUGGCAAAUACUGAUGUACGCGCGCAGAGUUUUCUACAAGAUCGACACAACCAACCCUCUGAACCCUGAAUCUGCUGUGCUGUAUGAAAAAGAUAUUCAACUCUUCAAGAGUAAAGUGGUUGACAGCGUAAAAUUAUGCAGCAGUCACUUAUUUGAUCCUCCCAAAAUUGAAGACCCCCAUGCAAUUAGCUUUUCUCCCUGGAAUCCAGCUAUACACAAUGAAGUAAGAGAGAAGAUGUUGACUCAGAAGAAGAAAGGAGACGACCAGCAAUCCAAGAACAUGCAAGUCUCUGGCCUGUCGUGGGUCAAGCCGGGCUCCGUUCAACCUUUCAGCAAAGAAGACAAGACCCUUCCCACCUAGCUGCCCGAGAAGGACGACAAACACUCCGCCCUUUUGACUGGAAGGAAGAACGUAAACAGAGCCCCAGCAGCGAAAACUGUGGUUCUUCUUCUUGACUUUGGAUUAGUAAAGAGUAAACGCUAGCAAACGACUUAAAAGUGAUCCUGUUUUCAGCGGGGGUUGCUUGGAGUCUCCUUGAUGUUUUACGUUGAGUUUUAAUUGCAGCCUGCAAGUAGGUCUUAUUAAAAAAGAAGGCCGGGCUAGAAGCCCGUCGUGCGUGGGUAACGAACGGCUCGGGAGUCAAAUGUAGCUCGGAAGUUUUCGGUGGGUUCCUUUUUAAAGCUUUUUUUUUUUUUUUUUAAAUGUAAAGAGCGGGCCGGAAAAAACUCAUUCCAGAGAUAAUCUGUGUUUGUGUAAACUAAUAUAGCAGAGUAAAAUACUAUAUUUAAAAACUUUUAAAUGCAUUGGUUUCUAUUGUAAAUAUUGUUUAGGAUAUGGAAUUUGUAAAUACUUGGUUCCAAUUCCUUCUAGCCCUUUUAAGGGCAGAAAGGCCGAGAUUGAUUUAUGUAUGAUGUGUACCUAUUUUUUUUCUCCCUUUUCUCCUUUACAGAUGUUGCCACUACUGGCUGCUUCUAACAUAACUUGUCCCAUAAUCUUUAGGGCCACAACCGAAUUGCCUGCAAGAAUCAUAGAGGAGGAAAGAUUUUACUGCAAAAAGGUGCUUAGGUAGAGAACUCUUCCAUUGUGAUAGUUGCAUGCAUCUUAACUCAAAUAACCUUUAAGAUGUGUCAAAGUGAUAUUAGAGGCA